AUGGCUUCCUCGCAGCCUGAUUUGCCGUCCGAUUCUGAGCCUGAAGCUAUUCCCGAGUCCCCACCGUCGCUGCCAAGCCUUCAUGACGCGCCGCCAAGCCUCCAAAACACCGCGCCAAGCCUCCAAGACCCGCCGCUAAGCCUCCAUACAUUCCCGCUACCCCCUCUCGAUACGUACUACGACACGCCAGAGCACGGAAUCACCACGAUCAAUGCUUUAGGGCGUCAAUAUGGCUAUGCAGUCUCAAUUCUCCGCUCAAAACGUACUAAGAAAGGGGUCAUGAAGACCGUCCGACUAUGUUGUGACAGAGGUCGUCCGAUAAGAAAGCGACCUGAUAGACCUCCGGAGCGCCAGACUACGACACUUGCCAAUAACUGUCCCUUCAGUAUAGCGCUUCGGCUAAGUCUCGAGACG